UUUUUUUUAUAUCCUGUGGUGGAAACAAGCUUCCACAGGUUUGCAGUGACCUUGAUUCUUCACCCAGUGUCUCGCUCUGCCUCAGAUCUGGAGAUGGCCGUGGCCUAUUGGAAUCUCAUUCUCACCGGACGCUUUAAGUUUCUCGACCUCUGGAACACUUUCCUUCUGGAGCAUCAUAAAAAAUCCAUCCCUAAAGACACUUGGAACCUGCUGCUGGACUUUGGAAACAUGAUUGCAGAUGACAUGUCCAACUAUGACGAGGAGGGUGCGUGGCCGGUGCUCAUUGAUGACUUUGUGGAAUUUGCUCGGCCGAUCGUGACUGCAGAAAAUCACAAGACUCUAUAAUGAGUGCUUACAGGGAGGCCUCUCUAUACUGAAUUUUUUAAUAAAAAAAACAACAAAUGCAUUUAAAAAUAUAUAUUAUUGAACGGAGAGAGUUUGUACAUUAUGAGUCUGCUGCUGGCAAGAGGCUGAAGAUCAGCGGCCUUCCAGGCUGAACUACAUCACCAUGAUCAUGUGUGCGCUGUCAUCACUGAACUUCUGAAUCUGUCUAGCCUCAUAGCUCACUUAUAGCAGUGUGUUUCCCAUGAGUCUCAGUGAGUCAACUGCAUGUCACAAGCUCAA